AGUUAACCAGGCAAAGCAGCCUUUCCGUUCUUACAUCUGAACUUCCGCCCUCAGCUUGUCCUUUUCUUUCACCCACACACACUCCUAAUAAGUAUCGUCUUCCUCUCACACCGCACCUCUUCUUCCUUUCCUUUUCUCCUUCACACUUCCCUCUUCACUCUUCACUUUUCUUCCCCAAUUGACACCUUCCACUACCUCACUUUCUUAAUACUUCUCAUUCCGAAAUUGUCAAUCAUGAGAUACUUCGACCAAUCUUCCUCACCUAUUCUUGUCUUACCGCCUCAACUUCCACCACAACCAACCUUCAAUAUGGGGUCAACACGACCAACCUUCACUUCUCCAUUCUCGAACGGCGCCCAGCAAUCACCCCUCAACUCGUCGUGGUCGCACCUGACGCCAACACAAGCUACCCCAUCUUCAGCAGCUGGCCGCAAGCGUUCACGCGAUGAAGCCGCAUCAAAUCUCGAAGAAGAUUACUUCCCAGUUCAACCACCAGCCGCCAAACCAGAACCAGAGAAUGAGGAAGAAUGGGAAUACGGAGAGGGAAUGACCUUGAUCAGGAAAGGUGGCUACAUUAUCGAAGCCAGCAGUCAGACUGGUACAUGGGCUGAAGAGAAGGCCGAGCAAGAGAAGGCAAAGGCGGCUGCUAUACACGCACUUUCGAACGCGGGUCCCGAGCGACCGGUUCUUCGCGCCGCCAAGAGUCAAAGGCUGGAUCUGAGUGCGACGCCCGCGAUAAUUGAAGAGGUCUCACAGAAUGGCACACUUGUGUCACCAGGAUCACCUGAACGUCACAUCGAGCCCACUGUCGACGAUUUCACUCGUCAUCUGGGCAUCGGAUGGUCGUCAAUCAACCAAGCAGAUCUGGAUAUUCAAGCCGCUGCACGAGGCUGGGCCAAGUUCAUCGAGAACCACUUCCCAGUCACCGACGCAAAGAUCCGACUCCAAAGCAAGGGACUUGCAAGCUAUUUGGUUGAGGCGAAUGAGGGAUAUUUCCUGUUCGGUGAGGACUUGAAGCAAGGGAGACUUGUGAGCACGAGUUUGGACAGGACUUGGGUCAACCUUCAAGGUCCUGUUCCUGCAUUUGAGGGCGACUUGGUGAUGGAAGCUGGCCAAACUCCCAAGGUCGACGUUGAUGUCCAAUCAAGUGUCAAUGAGGCGCACGUGAUGAACGGGUUUGCGAGCGGGAAUGGUCAUCUCAUGAAUAACGGCCACGGAAUGAUGGAUAUGCAACAUAUAAACGAUGGGCAGGAUACUACGGGAACUACCAUGGAAAUGGACAUGGAUAUGAGCUAAACGGCCAUAAUAUAAUGACAUAUUUGGGAGGGAUACUUAAAAUGGGGGAUUACUUUUCAGCAGGAGUCUGGCUGGUUGGAAUUGCAUUUCGGGCACGGUUGGGGUGUUGUUCGUGAACGAACUUUGUAACAAUAGCAUAGGAGGGAUGGGAGGAUAGCUCUGGGUAUCGGCUUCGGCGUUGGCUAUUCAAGUAGCAGCAGCAUCAUCAGCAUACGGUAUAUGAAGAGAU